UGGUGCACUGUGUCCCUAGGACACAGCGGAUCACCGGUCAACGGAAAGAGCCGAAGAUGUCGGCUCGGUCAUGUAAUCAGCUAGGGGACAUCUAUACUAAUCAUCAGGGCACUGAUGAUCAGUGUGCCCUGAUGAUCAGUGUAGCCCCAGCAGUGCCACCUGUCAGUAUACAUCAAUGCCAGCUGUCAGUGCCCAUCAGUGCCACCUGCCAGUGCCCAUCAGUGCCACAUCAAUGCCACAUAUCAGUGCCUACAAGUGCACAUCAAUGCCACAUAUCAGUGCCCAUCUGAGCUGCCUUUCAAUGUCACCUAUCAGUGCCAGUCAGUGCCACCUAUCAAUGCCAGUCAGUGCCACCUAUCAGUGUUGCCUAUCAGUGCCAGUCAAUGCCACCUAUCAGUGCCAGUCAAUGCCGCCUAUCAGUGCGCAUCAGUGCUGCCUAUCAGUGUCCAUCAGUGCUGCCUAUCAGUGCCGCCUAACAGUG